AUGAUUAAUAUCCAGUUUUUCUCAGUUCAUAAGCAAUACGCAAGGCGUAUUCUCCCUCACAGUCGUAGCAACGCUCGUCUCUUCUGCUCCAACACAAACGAAACCCUAUGGACAUCGAAUGAAACUCUACAUAGUCAGAUCGAAUCGGCUUUACAUCAGAAAGCAAAGAUCAGUACGGUUCUUGAGCAAUGGCGACAACAAGGUAACAAGCUAAGCCCUUCAAUCGUGAGAGGAAUCUUAGAGAAGCUCCGAGACUCCAAGCAAUAUCCUCAAGCCCUAGAGGUAUCACAAUGGAUGACUGAACAUAAGAUAUGCAGUUUGGUACCUGAAGACUACACAACACGUUUUCAUCUAACCGAGAAAGUAUUAGGGUUUAAAGAAGCAGACAAGUUCUUGAAGAAUCUUAGAAACGAGUCUGGAGGGAAGAAAGAUGUUGAUAGAGCAGACGAUGUUGUCAAGAAGAUGAGAGAGUUAGGUUUGAUCUUGAAACCUUCACCGUUGACCUUUAUGAUGUCGCUCUACAUCUCUGUUGGGAACCGAAGUAAGGUAGAUGAGGUUCUGAGAGAGAUGAAUGAGAAGAACGUUAAGCUUUAUAGCCUUGAUUUGCCAAAGACUUUAGAGAACAUAAGAUAUGGUAAUAAACCAAUCACUCUGUUUCUAGAAGAGUGGGGGAAGUUGGGGAGGAAUCAAGUGAAGCCUUCAGAGUUGAUAGACCUCAUCAAGAACCUUCAAGAUUCAAUUACCAAAGCACUUGAUCAUGAUGCAUCUUCAUGUCAAGAAGUGAUUGGUCUUUGUCCGGAAGAUUAUGCAAAUCUGCUUAAUCUUACUGAGAAAGAGUUGGGUUUGAAAGAAGCUGGUGAGUUUUUCGAAACAAGCAUCCCUGAGAAGAUGAAGGGAGAAUCUGUCUACUCCACACUCUUGAACAUGCACACAAGAUCUUACCAAAACGUUAGUAAAGCUGAAGCUAUCUUUGAGAAGAUGGGAGAGUUAGGUUUCCUCUCCAAGCUUUCACCAUUUAAGUCAAUGAUAUCUCUCUACAGUGUGCUAGGGAAACGAGUUGAGAUUGAGAAACUUCUAAGGAAGAUGAAGGAGAAGAACAUAGAGUUGGAUAAUGUCACAAUGAACAACGCUUUGAGUGUAAGGAACAAGAUAGGAGAAAUGGGUAAUGAGGAGUAUAUUAGUGUGGUUAAGUCUUUGUUGAAGCUUGGUGAUGUACAAGAGAUGUGUGGAGAGUGGGAACAAUCAUCAGGAGGAGAAGAGUUCGAUGUACAAGGAGCACAAGAGAAGAGUUUGGUUAUCUAUCGUUAUGGCGAGAAAGGUGGUGAGAAGAUUAAGAUGUUUAUGAAAGAUAUGAUGGGUGUGGUGCUGGGUAUCUGUUUUCUGAUUGCUAUGUUCAUGAUAUUGCUUGCUGCAGCUAACGACCGCUACUUAGCGUUUUCUUUGGCCAUGCUAUGGUUGUGUGUAUCCACUCCCCCUGCUUCUUUAUAUGGAUUGAUAUACCUUUUUUUCUUGUCACGUUAA